CAGUCUCGCCUUCAUUUCACCACCCAUUUGCGUGUCACCGCCGCCCCGGCGCGGAGAAGGAAGCGAAACCUAAGAGCCGAACCGCCAGCCAAAAUGGGGUGCCGGAGGUGGCGAGGGGUGUGCCGGGGCGCGUGCCAAGGGGUUUAGCUCCGUGCCGGGCGCCUGCGCGGCUCUUCUCCCCGGCAAAGCAUGGCCCAGCAGGAGACCUACGGCAACUGGCUGGGUCCCCCGUUGGCGCCCACCAAGCGGCUGGUCAGACAAGCAGGGAUUUACUCCGUCGCUGGGAAAAUUACACCCGUGGGUGACUUCAGACCCGCAUCCCCAGACAGCUUUGAGGAUGAUUACGAUGAUGUGUCCCUAUCGGAGUCGGAUCGUGGCCACAGGCCGGUGGCGGCCGAUGAAGAUCUGCAGAGCCAGAGGAGCAAAGGAGGCACAGGAGUUUACAUCCUUGCGGGGAAACCGCCAUCUCCAAAUCCUUCCCAAAAGGGUGGCCCGGAGCCCAGCGGUGGCAGGGGAAAGAGCCGCAGGAUGACGUCUCUGGCCGUCCUUUACGUCCUGGUAGCGCUGAGCUUUGUCGCGUGGGUGCUGCUCUUCACGCUGGCCAUGGUGAAACACAUGGAAAUCAUGGCGGAGUUAAAGCUCUUGAAGGCAAACUACUCGGAGAAUCAAGCCAACGUGUGGCAGGAGCUGUCGGAGAGGCAACGGGAACAGAUGCGGAUGCGGAGCGGGAUGCACAAAUACUACGAGGAAUUGCAGGACAUCACAGCGCUGAUCUGCAGAUCUGUCCCGGAUAACAAGAAAUGCUCGGUCGGCUGGAAGAUCUUCGAGAAAAGCUGCUACUCCUUCUCGACGGAGACGAUGAGCUGGUCGGAUGCGAAGGACAUCUGCACCGACCAAGGCGCUCACCUGGUCAUCGUCAACUCGGAGCACGAGCAGAAGUUCCUGAUGGACAAUAUUAACAACAGCAGCACGUACUGGCUGGGAGUGACGGAUCAGCUGGAGGAAGGCACCUGGGUCUGGACUAAUGGCGAACGUGCAAGUAUUAGCUACUGGAACACGUGGAAGGAGAACAAAGACAAGGACCAGAAGGACUGCGGCAGCAUCGGGCCCGACGGCAUCUGGAACGACGACAGAUGCUCCCACUUCAAUCACUGGAUUUGUGAAAAAUCCUGGAAUUGCUGAAUUUAAUAUUAUUUUUUUUUCCCCCGUUUCCAGACAAUUUUCAAUGUGCCUGUUAAAAAACAAAAAAAAGUAUAUUUCAAACUUCCCUCUUGGGAGUUGAAUGAACUCACGCAGCUCUUGGGGGAUCCGGAGGUUCCACACCUCCACGCUCCCAUUUUUUGCCUAUUAAUAACGUGCAAAUCCCUAAAAAAAAAAAUUAAUGGGCAAAAUCCCCAACCGUGAAAAAAAAAAAAAGGGAUUUUCAGUUAAAAUAAUUACUGUAAAAUGAUUAAAACCCCCACUCACUAGCACAAAACCGGUCCCCUUUCUCAGCGUUGUUGAAUUUCUCCUUUUCCCCAAGCUCUGCUGCCAUGUCACAGUUUCUGCUUAACUCUCAGAAAAGACAAUUUCAGUAAAAUCCUGGGGUUUUUUUCCCAUUUUCCAAAUCCUUUUUUUUCCAUAUUUAUCCUUCCUUCCAGCAGGCACCACCUCCCAUCUCUUCCCAGCAGCUAAAACCCCCCCAAAACCCCAAUUCUGCUCACUUAUCCAUCUCUUAAUUCAGCACAUUAUCACCCAAUAAAACUUAAUAUUUUUUUUUUCCCUAAGAAA